AAAUCAAUGUCUUCCCAACCUGUACAGGAAGGGAGGGGAUAGAUCCAUUACGUCACCGACUGCCUGUGUUGGAUGGUGGUGAACCCUGCUGAUCAAUGGGAAUUGUUGUUUUCCACUAUUAGCUGUUUACGUUCGUAGUAGCAUUUAGGACCGGAGCCUUCCACGCUUCUCUCUCACGGAUCACACGCCUUUACGUCGACUACGUGAUGUGACACCUAACCAGGUUCUUAUGUGAAGGAUGUGACUUGGUGUGUGACAUUGAUUUACGUGCAAGUGUCAUCGACUUUCCCGGAACACCUGUAACUUAUCAUAUUCACCCCCGUCAGUGAUCGAUGGAGGACGAAGCGCACGUGCCUUUGAUAGCAGACGACAUGAAGUCACAAGUUACCUGUUGCCACAGAAAGGUCACGAGGUUAAAACUGAUUGGGAUAUGUGUUAUAUGUACAUUGUCGGUUCUUUUUAUAACGAAGGCCUGCAUUGCUCGGCGGUGGUCGGAAAGAACAUGUAAGUUUCCGUCUUCUGAAUAUAACCUGGCUAAUGAUAACCGGAAACGUAGACUACCUCAAAGUAUCAUCAUCGGAGUGAAAAAGGCGGGUACUGGUGCAUUACGACAUUUUUUAGAUCUACAUCCGGAUGUUAUAACUGCCAGCAAGGAGCCGAAUUUUUUCAGCUUCCGGUAUGAAAAUGGAUUUGACUGGUAUAAAAGUUUGAUGCCAUACUCUUCAGAAGGGCAGAUAACUAUUGAAAAAUCGAGUAAUAAUUUUCACCAUGAACAAGCCCCUGGGCGAACAUUUGCUUUCAACAGUACCAUAAAACUAAUCGUUGUUGUUCGCGAACCUGUCGAGAGAGCCAUUUCAGAUUACACGCAACGUGUCAUUAACAACAGGAGCCGCCGAAAGUUUGAGGAGUCUGUGUUUAACUUCCGUACAGGGGAGAUAAACCGCGAAUAUAUCUGUAUAAGACCUUCUCUUUACCAUACAAAUCUAAAACGGUGGCUUAAAUACUUUCCAUUGAAUCAGAUACACAUUGUAGACGGUGAAAACCUGAAGCGGAACCCGUAUGAAGAAAUAUACAAGGUUGAAGAAUUUUUAGGUUUGUCCCACCAGGUCAGACGGGAACAGUUUGUAUUUAACGCAACUAAAGGCUUCUUUUGUUUUCGCACUAGUUCAGUGGUGGAAUGUCUGCGAGAAAACAAAGGGAGACAACACAUAGUCGUUGAUGAGGAAGUAAAAGCCAGACUUAAGCGACAUUUCCGACCAUUAAAUGAGCUUUUCUUCAAACAGAUUGGACAACGUUUUGAUUGGUCAUAGCAACCGCUUCCUUGAACUGAAAUAUAGAAUUCGAAUAAAGUUUUUUAUUGAAAAUAUGGUGCAUGAUCUGGAAAACGAUUCCAUGAUUUGCAAUUAUUUUUUUUAAAUUGAGUAUGAUACUAACAUGCCUUACCAACCUAUUAGAACGGUCGUUGGAGGCCUACCAUUGUGUAAAACUGUGUUGGAAAAAGGACGCUAUGACGGCAAUGGGACGUAUUUUACCUAUGAAAUGUACCCGAAGAAGUUAUUUGUACAUAUUACAGAAAAAAUAUUACUUACGGACAUAUUGAUGCCAUUCCACAUCAGGUAUAUAUUAGGUCCUGCAUACAUUGUAUAUAAGAUGGAUUCUUCAUGUUAUUCAUGAGUAUAUAUAUAUAUAGAUAAGUAUUUGUACAUGACGACAUUUCCAUGUAUAUAUGGGAUGUAUAUAUUAAGCAGUAAUAUCAUAUGUAUGGCAUACUUUGUACAAUGAACAUACUUUCAGUUAAUGUAUAAUUGAUUAGUAUAAUGGCUAUUUUGAAAUCUCCCGAACAAUGAUGCACAUUACUGGUGUUAUAAGCAAAGUAAAAAACAUAACAAGGUUCUUAGUGCAGUAACCGUUAUUGUGGAAUUGUAAUUUACUGUCGUUAUUUGUAAUGAAGUGACUUUUGUGGAAACAAAAUUCCGAUUUCCAAUUCGAAAAUAUAAAUGUUCAGUAAUUUAGGAAGAAGAUAUCGAUUGCUUAAUGUAUCUGCACCAUAAGAAUAUGCCGAUUAAUCAAUAAAGAUUGCACCAAAUCGCUUUUAUUAUUUAUAUUUUUGUCUAGGAAUACUAGGCGUGAAAAUGGUUUAAAGUUUUGUAAAAAAAAAUGCCUUGAUACAAAUAAACACGAUCUGUACACCGUUGAAAACAAUAAGAAAACAUCGACAAUAGCUGAAUACUAACAUUAAAUCAAUGAACUGAGGACAAGAGAGAUUUACA